UAUUUUAAAAUAUUUUUACUUUUAUUCACAUAAUUUAAUUAAUUUGUGUUUUUUUUUGCGCGUUGUUAACUUUAAUAUUCGACUGUCACUUACUACGGCCACCACUGUACAGCCAACAAUAAUCAAUUUUCACCGGCACUCUGCUCAAACUCAAACACACAACACGAACAUCGCAACCGAACAAGCAACCACAAACAUGUGCCAAACGAACCGCUAAGUUCGAUGUUCGAAGCGAACAGCAACGAACAUUUCUCAAAAUUCUUGCCAUUCAAACGCUAUACGCCAACGAGUUGUCGGAGUGUUCGGACGUGUGCAACCGUAGUAGCGCUUAAUUAACGCUAGUCCGCCGUUUAAACAGAGUAAAAAAAAAUAAGCUAAAAAAGAUAUACCGUGCGCUAGUCAUAUCCAGCAAAUGCGGAGCCGAGAGCGCUGUGAAACGCGUUGAGUUUAUAAUUAAACGCAAGUGGAAAGGCAAAGAAAUAUAUUAGUGUUGUAAAAAUACGAAUGAAAUAAGCAAAAUAAUAGAAUCAAAGCAGAAAAUAUAAGUGAAAAAAACACGAAGUGUGUAAAUAGACAAUCUAAGAAAUAGCGGCAGCGUGGAACGAGUGUCUCUGCUAGUGACGAGUGCGUUUGAAGACGAGCAAAAAGUUUUGUGUUAUUUAUAUUUGAUAGCGGUGGAGCACAAAGGCAGCGCGAUUUGUGAAUUAUUUGCAUAGUGCGAUAUCAAAGGCGUGUUGCCGACGAUAUUACAACAACAAUAAAAAUUUAAAGAAAUUACAAUAAUAAACAUUAAAAUAAAUUACAACAAAAAAUAAAAUAAAUUACAACAACAAAAAUAAGAAUAAUUAAAGUAUAUUAAAAAGAAGUUAAAUAUCGCCAGUUAGUCGUAUUUAAGCUCCAUUAAGCGCUCGAAAGCCAUACAACAACAAUAAAUAAGCAAGUGAAAAGUGUGCAUACUAUAUUUGUUGUUGUUUUAUUACAUUAAUACAUAAAAUCACACGUAAAAGUAUGGCCCACUCAAUCGCUGGAAUUGCCGGCAAACAAAAUGCCGCAAAUCAGAAACAACGACAACAACUCCCUCUAUUCACGCUGCUGCAAGUUUGCAUUGCACUCUUAGUGGCCAGCAGUUGUUUGGCAUUGCCAACGGCCGUCCAGGCGAAGCAUCUCGAUGGUGCUCAUCACUUUCAUGCACACCAUGAACUACAACAACAACAGCAGGAGCACCACGCACAUCACAGGCGCCGCUUGCAACGCGAUUCGACCAGCAAGAUUUUAAACACACGCGAACAAUGCAACAGCGUGCGGGAUUACUUCGAGACGAUCGACAGUAAGUUGAGCGGCAACUUUGAGGAAAAAGGUAAGAUUCAGCGGCAAAUCUCAUACAUAGUGACUUCCAAAAUAUUUAAUUUCGAAAUGAAAUAUGAACAUUCAAAAAGACAACCCAUGUCUACUUAAAUGCAAGUAUCUUGUAUGUAUUUCAAAGAACUUAUUUUAACUUCUUAAAUAUUUCUUUAAAGCAUUGUCCACUAUUGUGGAUGUUCGUGUACACGAUAGACCUCAUACUUAUUCUCAAAAUGUGGCAAGAUUUCGAAACUUUUUUGACCUUUUCGUGACAUCCUCAUUAUUUAUUCAUACAUAAAUCCAUAUUCAGCAUUAUGGAUGUAACUUUCCUUUCUCUUUCAAACUGUCAUUUGUCAUAACAACUGUCAUAGCGCUGUCACACUUUUACUAUUUUCUAGAAUAUGUUUCAAAAAACCACUAUAUGGUGUGCAGCUAUAAGUCACAGCCCACAAUCACACCUCCAUUUUAAUAAAGACUGUCAUUUACAUACGGAUUUCAGUGAUAACAACUAAAUGCUGCCAUAAAUGAUUAAUUAUUAAUUUUACCCUCUGAUUUACAUACAACAACAACAACAAUAUAAUAACUACUUUUAGAGUGCAAGAAGGUGUGUAGACUAGUGACAAUGACAAUGACAAGCGACUACAAUUAGACAAUUAACGCGCUGACAGACAAUGCAGACAACGAAAAUGAAAAAAGUAUAAAAAAGAAAUAGCAACAACAACAAUUGCAUUGAAAAUGAAAAUUACCUCAAAGCAAACCAAAACCGAAGUAUAUACAUAUAUCGACGUACACGUGUACAAUGUUGAAGUUAUUAUAUUCCUAACCGUAUAUGCAUUAAAAGCGUGGUAUUUCCGCGCUGGGCACACUUGGACUUGGCCUCUCUUCAAAACAGUGUUGUCCCAAUAUAUAUAGCGACCGUUUAUUAAACAACCAUUAUUGCAAUUAAGGAAAUAUGUUUCGUGUUAUGAAUAGUUGGUUGUUAUUGUUAAUGUUUAAUGUAUUUUGUUGUUGUAAUCACUAUUAUUGUUAUUGUUGUUAUUGCGACUAUGAACAUGCCUUUGAAAGACGGUAGGUGGAGUAGUGCCAAGAACUGUUUACUCAAUCCAUAAAACAUUAUUAUUGCUGUUGUUGCGUUUAUUGUCGCAAAUUAGCUCUUUAAUCGCUAAAUAACUGAAUUUAACCACACUAAUGACUCGUUUUCACCACGCAUUUCAACCAACGUCGAUGGUCUGCUUGUCUCCCCGCCUCUGGCGAAAGUCUAGUCCCAGACACCAUUUUGCACUUAUUUAAAAAUCGCAAUUUUCAUAACUUAGUUCUUGUUAUUGUUGUUGUUGUAAUUUACACACCGUUCACUUUCGGUCGAAAAGCUACUUUCAUAGUCGAGUCGAUCAAUCAGCGAUCAAGCGUUUGCACUUGUCGCUGUGAGAUCGAUCAGCUGGCGGUAGAGUUUUAGACCAACACAACAACAACAAGAACUGCUAUUACUACUACUCCUAAUUGGCAUUCAUUUGCUGUGUUGCCAACAACAAUGUAAGCAAUUUGUAAAUUGUUGAAAAGUUAAUCAAGUGUUGUAUGCAUGUAUGUAUGUAUUCAAUUAUGCUUGUAUGUAUUCCCGUCUUUAGUGUUGACUAUAUUAAACAUACACUACUCUGGCAACAUCGAUUUUAUCUUAUAGGUAAUUAAAGGUAAUUGACUGCAACAACGGUUAAUUGAUACUCGCGGUGUGAAGUGUUGUAGUUGUUGUUGUCAUUAAUUAGCCAAUGAAUAUGCGUACUUAGUGAACUGAGAAUGAUAAAUGAUUGAGGAGUAGCGACGCUAUGCUCUGAAGUGUGCGGAAAAGUUGUGGACGAAGUUAUGCAAAUGCAUAUAUACGUUUUUCCUCUGUAUUUAUGUAUGAGUGUAUAUACAACGUGUACCUUUCUAAUUACUGCUUGCAAAAUAGUUUAAUAUUUUUGUUGAAAGUUUUAGCAGUUAAAUCUGAGAUUUUCUAUUAUUUAUUUUGAAAUUAAUGUAUUUAAUGUAUUAUAUGUAUGUGUAUAUGUAUAUUUCUAACAAAAUUAUAUUUAAAUACAUAAAUCAAAGCUCGAAGACAUAAUUAGAGCAUUUCUGCGUAAUCAUCACGAAUUCCUAGAAAAUGAAUGGCUAGAGGCCUAACAGAUUUGUUUAGUGUUAAUCUGUCGAUUUUUGAUUCAAAUUAAAGACAACAAAUUUAGCGAUUACAUCAUGUAGUGCCAUGAGCAAUAAGUUUUAAACAUCCACAAUUUAUAUAAAUUUAUGAAUUACAUAAACAAUUCGCAAAAAUUAAAC